AAAGUAGUUUUAUCUGAAUCUUUUCCGCCAAUUGUAGAAAAUAAAUGUAGUGAAUUUGCAAGAAAUUUCGUUACUUGUAAUCAUACUCAGUUACCUCAGGUGCUUAUACAUGAUGGAAAAUGGAAAAAGUCGAACAAAAAGUUAGCUGAAGUUACGAGUAGGAUUUUGGAAAUAUUAAAUAAUUCUUGGAAUAAUCUAACAUUUGGCCUGGAACAUGCUGAGUCACUGAACGAGAGGACAUAUGUAACUAACAUGAUAGUACCUGCAAUUCAAGCUUCAUUAAAGAAUCUUCUCUAUGGAAAGAACUGCUAUAUUAGCAUUUUCAAGCGACAAAGCAUUGCUAGCUCAAAUAGAAAGGGAGAGGAGCGAUUGGGAAGAAGACCAGAUAUAAUAUUCGUUAUAAAAAAUAAAGGUAAAAAAUAUGAGCUUAUGUAUAGUGAGUGCUUACAUUUGUUUUGUACCUCUCAGAAAAUAGAUGAUAAUGCCGUAAAGUUAUGGUGUAAAACAAACAAUAGACCUCUGUUACGAUUAACGGUACUUAUUAGGGAUGGUGCCAGUGUAGAUCAGUAUUAUUACUUACAUGAAUUAGAAAUUUCCGUUCAAUAUUCAGAUUCUAAUAUAGUAGCAGAAUUUAUAAAAACUUUAUUGAUACUCUAUAAUAUUUUAACAUUGAUACUUUACGGGUCUUUACCUAAGUCAGAAAGGCAAAAAGAAAAUAGUUUAACCAUUGAUUCUGAUUCAGAUUAG